CACCUUUCUAAUCUGCUGAAGAGAUUCAUUGUUUCCGAGUGUACCUAAAGGCAACAUUGCCACUACCAUUAUUUACAAUAGCCAUACAGCUACUGUUAGCUCUAUCAAAGAGAUUAUUUAUCGCGGUUGUAGUGAUAAUAUCGAGCUAUCCUUUAGUAGACUAUAGCGGAAUUAUAUAAUUAACACUGGCAAAGCAUUUAUUCAAUUAAAUUUGGCUAGAGUCAGACAACGUUACUCGAAAGGCAGAAAGUAGCUGUUAGCUGAACCACGUAGGAAAUCGGCUUCUUUUUAGUCAAACUGUUGUAUUAAAAUUUGUCAAACUCAUCCUUUCCUCAAAGGAGCUUCCUGGUUUGCCUUUGAACAUGGACAAGUUUGUAGUGCGGCUUCCUAAGGGAGACACACCUAAAAAAUCGAAGACAGACGAAAAGGUGUACAAACAGACUACAAUUGAAUCUCUACGGCGAGUGGUUGUUAUUGAGGACAUCAUGCGUUACAAGUCAAUGCUGGAGCUGCCUGAACAGAGCAAAGACAACCUGCUGACUGCCCUGAAAGAGCUGAGUAAGAAGGUCCCUUCAAAGGAGGUGCUCAAGUCCACGAAAAUAGGUCACACUGUCAACAAAAUGCGAAAGCAUCUGGAUCACGAAGUAAGUUCAAUGGCAGCAAAGGUUUACACAGACUGGAGGACGUUCAUCGAGGAGAAUUCCAAUAAGCCAUCUAUUGAAGUACGCUCGGACAAACAGUCUGAAGGACUCAGGAGCAACGCUAGAAGGCUCAUGUCUGAAGCACUAGAGGUCAAGGAAGAUUCUGGUCUUAUAGACAACAUCGAGAGGGAAGUGUUUCACCAGAGCUCCCGACUGGUCAGCACUUCAUACAGACGGACUGUUAGAGCACUUGUGUUUGCCUUCAAACACAACCCUGAGGUCAGAACUCAGGUGAAGAACAGCACAAUAGCAGUCAACAAGCUGGUCUCUAAAUACAAAAAAUAACAGAAUAAUAAACUAUGCAGAGCCAGCUGUAUAUGGAAAAUUGUUUUAAUACAUUGGAGAAGGAUUUUAUGGACACAUUUUAAAAAAAAUUAUUUGUAUUGUUUUCUUGAUUUUCUGUAAAGGAGUUAAAAAAAAUCUUUUUGUGGCACAUCAAUAGCCUUGCACUGUUUGCAACUGCACAUGAAUCAUUGUAAAGAAUACUGGACGUGAUGAUAUUUAUGCUAUUCCUUUUGUAAUGUAAUAAUGUAGGCAUUUUUUUCAACAGGUGCAUUGUUUUUUUGUCUUGUAAAUGAACAUUUUUAUACGAAACAUGAUUUAAAGCGUGACAACUUAA